AUGAAUCAACUUCAAAUUGAAGAACUUCAAAGAAAACUAUAACAAUUAAAACUUGAAAGAAUGAAUGAGGAUUCAUCCGAAGAUGAGCCUACAUUUUAAUCUGUUUAAGGAAAACUAAAUGAUAAAUAAUUAUUCUAAAAUCUCUCGAUUGAUAGUUUCGAAGUUUACACAACAUUGGGUACUGGCACUUUUGGACGCGUAAAAUAAGUUCGAAUUAAACGUGAUGUCAGUCGUUAAGUUUAUGCUCUUAAAAUUAUGAAGAAACAUGAUAUCUUAAAAUUAAAAUAAGUUGAUCACAUCAAAUCAGAGAAGAAUAUUUUGAAUGAAAUUUCACACCCAUUUUUAGUAUAAUUAAAAGGUUCAUUUCAAGAUCAAAAGUGCAUAUACAUGUUAUUCGAAUUUGUUUCAGGUGGUGAAUUAUUCUCUCGUUUAAGAAAGGAUGGCAGAUUUAGUUAAGAUAUCACGUUGUUUUACGUGUCUGAAAUCUUACUGGCAAUUCAACAUUUGCAUAGAAAAGAUAUAGUCUAUAGAGAUUUAAAACCAGAAAAUUUAUUAAUAGAUAGAGAAGGCCAUAUCAAAAUAGCUGAUUUUGGAUUUGCCAAAAUAAUAAAAAAUAACCAUACACAAACAUUGUGUGGUACACCUGAAUAUUUAGCGCCUGAAUUAAUUCAAGGAGCUAAAACUGGGUAUGGAAAAUCUAUUGAUUGGUGGGCUUUGGGAGUUCUAAUAUUUGAAAUGCUAGCAGGGUAAUUAUUAAGUACAUAAUAUAAGCCAUCCUCCAUUCUACGAUAUUGAACCAACAAAUAUAUACAAGAAAAUAUUAAACGGAGUGAUAGAGUUCCCUAAGGUUUUGCAUGUAAGAGCAAAGGAUGUAAUUAGAAAAUUGCUAAAUUCUGAUAUAAAUAAAAGAUUAGGAGUGGAAGAUGUAAUGUCACUAUUUAAAAUAGGAAGGGGAAGCAUUAAUGAAUCAUAAAUUCUUUAGGGGAGUUCCUUGGUAAAAGGUUUAUGAAAAGAAGAUUCAACCACCUUGGACUCCAUACAUGAGAAAUGAAACAGAUUCAUAAUGGUUUGAUAAAUAUCCAGAAGAAAGAGAAGACAUUCCACUUAUACAUGAUGAAUAGUAGCAUAUGUUCGAUGACUUUUGA